UUUUCUUUUGUCACAUUUUCAUACUGUAUCUAGGAAUGAACUGGCCCAUUUGUGCUUUUUAAAAACUAGAUGUGGCUCUUGAACAUAAGUGUGCUGCCCCUGCUCCCUCUGCUGCAUAUUACUGUUAAUUAAGUGGCAUCAUUACGUUGCGCUUACGUACGUCUUGUUUUUAUUGCUGUGGACGCCACUGCGCAUGCGCGUGUCUGACAGUUACUACGCGAGUACGCGGCACACAUGCACAUGCAGUCUUGGAGAACUCCCGUAAGGACUGUAAAGUGCGGCGGGCUGGAGGGGCGAGAUGUCGGAGGAGGGCUGCGGGCUGACGACGACGACAACAACAACAACAACACGGCGAGCUGUUGAUGAUGACGAUGUGCGCUUAGCUCGGCAACGACCUCCCCUUGUUUAAAGCCGGCCAGCCCGCCCGGGCGAGUCGGCCCUUCCAGGGGCUCCUCGUCUGGUGCACCGCGGUUCAGACCGGUACUCCUGCGAUGGCCGAAGAGGACUCCCAGCAGCAGCAGCAGCACGCGGACCGAGGGGCGGGUAGUUUCCAGCCCGGUCUGCUGUCCGGGCUGCAGGGCGCCGAGGCCGGGGCUCUGCAGCUCCGGAUCAAGAACUCCAUCUGCAAAACGGUUCAAUCAAAAGUGGACAAUAUUCUGCAAGAUGUUGAAAAGUUCACAGACAUCGAAAAACUCUACCUGUACCUCAAGUUGCCCUCGGGUCCCAUCAGCAGCGGCAGCAGUGAGAAAAGUGAUCAGAGCGCUGUGUCAUCAAGCCGCAUGCAGCAGAUGCAUGCGUUCAACUGGAUCCGCAAUCAUUUGGAGGAGUACCCAGAGACCUCGCUCCCAAAACAGGAAGUUUACGAUGAAUACAAAAGCUUCUGUGACAAUCUCAACUACCAUCCACUCAGUGCUGCAGAUUUUGGCAAAAUGAUGAAAAAUGUCUUCCCCAACAUGAAAGCACGUCGACUGGGCAUGAGAGGGAAAUCAAAAUAUUGCUAUAGUGGACUGAGGAAGAGGCCCUUUGUUCACUUUCCAUGUUUACCAAGCCUGGAGCUACACAAAACCGGAGAAGGACUGCAGUGUGAUGGACUAGAUUCAGCAGCCCACCUCGGCAGCAUGAAGGAGGAGAUUCGCUUCGCCGCUUGUGAUUUAGUGUGUGAGUGGGCUCAAAAGGUGUUGAAACGGCCGUUUGAGGCGGUGGAAGAGUUGGCUCGCUUCCUGAUGGACAGCCACUACAUCAGCAACAAGUCCCUGGCAGCUCUCACCAUUAUGACGGACGCCGCAACAGAAGUUAAGCCUCUGCAGGCAGUUUCAGCUUUUGUGUCCACCACCGACGCACACUGCUUCCAGCCUCAACUGACAACUCUGUCAUCUCCAACUGUCGAUGCCAAGCAACAGCUCCAGAGGAAGAUCCAGAGGAAGCAACAAGAACAAAAGCUGCACUCACCUUUACCCGGAGAGGCUCUGAUCAAGGCGGUGGAUGACAGCAGCAGGCAAUGUGGUAGUCCAGUCUCUCCUUCGCCUCAGCCAACCAUCGGCAUUGUGGUUGCUGCCGUCCCAAGACCCGUCACGACACAGCAAAGCGGCCAGCUGAUGUCUGCCAGUCCAGUGGGAACCGGGGAGGGCAAACUACUGCCUAUAAACUUCCAAGUGGUGACCCAGCCAGUUCAGCCACUGAUACAAACCCCCAAGAGCUCCCAAAAUAUUCUGUCGAGUCCAGUGGGGGAACGCACAGCUCGGCAGCGCUAUCCUCAAAUCCUUCCCAAGCCAGCGACCACCACUGCUAUCGCCCUGUGCUCGCCGUCCACCAUGAUCAUUGCCAACAACCCCAUCAAGACCGUGAUGACCACGUGUCACGUCAGCCCUGUGAGUCUGGUCAAGAUGACACCCAUCUCACUCGCAGCCUACGGCAGCAAUGCCACGACUUCAGUGACAAACACCACUUUGAGGCCAGCAUCUGCAGGUAUCAGCAGCUGUACCAUGUCAGACGACACCCUGAGAUCCCGUCAGGAUAUGAGGAGUAGCUCUGCCCUCCCCCUUCUGGCCCCGAUGACCAGACCUCAGCAAGCUGACGCCCAGGAUAUUGAUGUCGAAAUGGAGGUUGAGGGUAUACACAAGAACAGAGAAAACCAAAAUGUGAACAGUGUAAUGAUGACACACAGGGCUGCGAGCGUGCCCAUACCUCAAACUAAAAGCUUCCGCACCAUGAAGGAAACCUCCACCUCGAAUUAUGAUGCAAAUAUCCCCGUGAGCACCAACCCCACAGCAGUCACUGAAGCUGGCCUUUGCAUUGACAACAACACAACUAAUACAAGUUCUCUGCACUUGGCUCCCUUCUGUCAGAAUAUGAGACCUACCUCAACAUGCAACCCCAACAGAGUAUCUUCAUUUGGGGAAGCAAUCUUUGCGACGAAGAGCUUCCGGAAGCGCUCAGGCCUCAGUCCCGUCCCCUCUCCUAUCAAGAGGGCUUUUCUGUCCCCUCAUCCAGAAGAGGGCACCGCUGGCGUUGGAUACGGCAAUCGAAGGCCUGAGAGUGCGCCAGUCGCCCGGGAGAUGGAGGUGAAAAUGAACUCUCUCCUGCCCAGUCAAGUCCAUACACUUGGCAAUGCCUCUUUCAGAGCCAGCGGCUUCUUCUCUGUUGCCAAAACACAGAGCUCAAUGCAGAUGAAAAACACCUGCAAUCUUAUGGAAACGUCUACCAGUGUCGGUCACCCACUAAUGCAGCAACCAGAGGAGCACAUGAUGUCCGACGUGCAUUCCAUACCGAAUACUUCAAAUUUGUCAGCCAGUGAACAGCAUGAUCAGACCUACGCUCACGUGAACCCUGUUUCUGGACCUUUGGAUUUUUGGGAUCAAGCAGCCACAUCAAGCCAACUCCCUAUACAGACGGAAAUGGAGUACUUCCCAUUUGAUGAUGAUGUCACUCAGGACAGCAUUGUGGAAGAGCUGGUCCAGAUGGAAGAGCAGAUGAAACUGAACAAUAAACAACAGUUUGGACACGGCGUCACGCUGCAAGGGCAGCAGGCUGUGAUGCCACACAACACGAUGUCCACCAAUCAGACUGUGAACACUUUGUACCAUGCUGCCAACAGCAGCGGCGUCAGCAAUCUAGUCCAAACACCAACGCCCACGCCUACGGCAGAAAUGACAGGUAUGACCGGAGAGAGCCCCUGCCCGCGGAUCACCCCUAUAACGCCAGUCGACAGCGCCCUUGGAAGCAGUCGACACACUCCCGUCGGUACUCCUCUCUCCAACUGCAGCAGCACUGUGCCUCCCAGCCCCGUGGAGUGCAGGAAUCCCUUUGCAUUUACACCCAUCAACUCGAGCAUGACUACCGGUAGUUUCCACGACAGCAGCACGGUCUCCAGCAGCCCCGUCAAGCCCAUGCAGAGGCCAACAGCCACCCACCCGGAUAAGACCAGGCUGGACUGGAUGAAUAAUAGCUACAACGGCAACAGUGGGAUCUUCAAUAAAACAAACAGUGACGUGGGAAUCUUGCCCGGCUAUCAAGGCCUCAUAGAUGACCACUUUCAAAAGCCUCACGCCUUCGCCGUCCCUCACGCAAGGCACCACGACGGCCAUUUUGGCCGUUUGACUCCCAUUUCCCCUGUGCAGCAGCAGGUAGCCAGCAUGGCGAGCGCGACCAAGCAGGAGGGCUUCGCCGUGCCUGCUCCUCUGGAUAACAAAGCCAGCAACCUCCCCGCGAGUGGAUCUUUUCGAUGUCGCAGUGUUAGCCCCGCCAUACACCAGAGGAACUUGGUGGGGAGCACAGGAACUAGUGGCCUUCACAGCAUCCACCACACGCAGUGUGUCUCCCCGUUUAACUCGCCGGUAACGCCUGAGGUGUUAAACAUUUUAGCCAACAACCAGGGAAAUCUUGCGGUGAGCAGCGUGGCUCAAAGGAGUCGCUCCGUGCCCCUCAACAUCAUGAUGCAGACGGAGGUUCGACCAUUGCCGGGCCAGCAAUGCAGCGGCAAAAAUAUCGCUGAUGUUCUUCUGACUAACAUGGAUGGGGACCACGACAAUGUGCGAGGUAUGGGCAUGAAAAAUGUGCCUUCGAGCUACACGGCGCGUAUGAAUCUCACUCAGAUCCUCGAGUCUGAGAACUUCAGCCCAAUCCAAUUGGACUCCACCAGCACACUCAUGUCACAAAGGCCAAAUUACCUCAAUAAUGAACAAAUGUUUUUCUCUGCAAGUGAUAGCCGAGCACAGUCGGCCUCUGGGGGGCGGCAGCAGCAGCAGCAGCAGCAGGCCCAGUCCACACAGCAACCUUUAAGUUCACAGCGACACCAGUUGGGUUUCAGUGGCCCCUUUAAAGACGUCCAACCAGACAACAGCCUGACUACCGGCAACGCGCUGGUGCAACAGGUGUCGGAGCUAGCGACGGGCGGGGCCGAUUGUCCAUGUGAACUCAGAAUGACCUCGGAUCUGUCCAGUAGCAUCAAUGACCUUAAUACUCUGGAUGCAAACCUUCUCUUUGACCCCAGUCGUCAGCAAGGGCAAUAUCAAAGUGCAGCUCCAGAAGAGUUUCCCGAGCAGGCACUUUUUCAGCAAAUCGCCAGUGACACGACACAUUCUGGUGGACUUGAGUGGCUUGAGAGCAAAGAUCACACAACUGUCGGGCUGAUGGGAUGAAUGUGGAGCCUUUUAAAAUCAUGUUAAAUCCGUGGUGACCGUCAGCGGUUUGAUGUCUUGCCACUUUGAAAGCAAACAGGACGCUAUCCGAUUUGCCCAGUUUAAUUAAGUGCCCACCUGAGCUGAAAUAAUGCUGCAGCCCUUUUAUCAAAAUGCUGGUCAUUUCCUUUCAUGUCAUAUUUUUGCUGUAACAGCAUUUGUGACGCAUGCAAAAGCCGGGGAUGAAAUUCUUACCUUUUUAUACCUUUUAUACAAAAAAAAAUCAAUUCAAUUAAAAAUGUUUUGUAUUUUCUGUACAUAACUGAAACAUUGCUAAAUUGGCAGAAUAUAUUCUACAUCGCUGACAAGAGUUAUCUAGUAAAGUCCCAAGAAAUUAUGCUCGCCACUGGACUCGAUAAUAAUGACGUGCCCGUGAUGUUGUGUAAUGUGGAUUCGCUUUCCAACUCACGUGUGAGCUUUUAAACAAAUAAUGUGAUGCAACUUGAAGAGAUGCCACGUGGGCAUGAGGAAAUUGGAGCACUUUGUACAGAAUAUUCAGUAAACUUAACAUCUAAUAAGAAUUAUUACUUUGUGUGUGUAUAGGUUUAACAUCGCGCGUACUUUUUAUACCAGGAGGGGUGGGGUAACUGUUUCUCAGAGGCCUUUAUAAAAAAAAUAAUAAUAAUAAUUUAAAAAAUAUUUUUAUCGUUGUGUCGUACGAUAAUUUGCGUGUUAAAAUUGCAAUUCAAUUCCUUUGAGGUUGAAAUGAUAUGGCAAGGGCGGCCCGGUAGUCCAGUGGUUAGCACGUCGGCUUCACAGUGCAGAGGUACCGGGUUCGAUUCCAGCUCCGGCCUCCCUGUGUGGAGUUUGCAUGUUCUCCCCGGGCCUGCGUGGGUUUUCUCCGGGUGCUCCGGUUUCCUCCCACAUUGCAAAAACAUGCAUGGCAGGCUGAUUGGGCACUCUAAAUUGUCCCUAGGUCUGAGUCUGAGUGUGAGCGUGGAUGGUUGUUCGUCUCUGUGUGCCCUGCGAUUGGCUGGCAACCGAUUCAGGGUGUCCCCCGCCUACUGCCCGGAGACGGCUGGGAUAGGCUCCAGCACCCCCCGCGACCCUAAUGAGGAUCAAGCGGUACGGAAGAUGAAUGAAUGAAUGAAUGAUAUGGCAAGCCUGGAUGAAAUGCUCACAUACGGUCCAUGUAAAAGUUCAGUCGGUUUCCCCACCCCUGAUUUGUUCAAUCUUACAUGUAAAGGUGUACCACAAAUUGAGUAAAUGCAAGUUAACCAGUUAGCAGAAACAAUAACUGGAUGUCGUGGUUCAUUGUCCAAUACGUAUGCAAAUUUAAAUCACGACACAUAGGUCGGUUGCCUGUGAACUCUCAAAUGUCCAUGAACUCACUCCUUCAGGCCAAAGAGAUGCUAGUUCGGCCAUUUUCAAAUCAGCGUUCGGUUGAAGCCAUAAUGCACUUGGAAAUGGAAUCAAAGCAAAAUUCAAGUUACCUGAACCACUAUGUCAACAUGUUCUCAUCAUGUGUAACUUGUCAUGUGCAAAUUAAACUACUAUAUAUUAUGCAAUUAGAUGAUCGACGGAUGAGUAUGAUCGAGGCAGUCGUUAUGAUCGUCAUGCUGCACAGACAAUCUGUAAAAUAUGUGCUUCUCCGACCAAAAUUCAUUGUGCUUUUUCUCUGAGAGUCCUGAGCUAAAAGAGUCCAAAGGCCUUAUGUGCAUAUCACAGAUCCAUUUUGAAACGUAACUUGCACUAACAACUCGUCAUCAAUGCUGUCUUGAAUGGUGUACAUAAUUGCCGCGGUUUUCAAGGGCUUCAAACAAGCGAUGCUGUACGUGGUAGACUUUGCGGGCCAACGUGUUAGCACUGUCAAAACGAGCGGUUAAAGUGAGCGUUGCUAAUUUCUUUAUAAAUUCCCCUCGUUCACGGUAGGCGUGUUGGUCAUUUUAUUUAUUGUACAGUUAGGAGGCAAUGUGUUGUUAUCAAAACCAUGUAACCUUGCACAUGUUAUGUUGUUUCGAAGGAUCCGGCAAAGUGCAUAAUAUUAGCACUGAUAUGGUUGAAUUGUUUUUAGUUCUACUUUGUUAGGAUAACUUUCAUGGUAUCAUGCUGUACAGGUAGAGAAGUACAGUUCUAAACAUGUGUUCAUUGUAGUUUUGAACCCUAAAUCUGUACUGUUUUAUUUUCCCUUGUCAAGCUUUUGUGUGUCUAUUGUUUAAGAAUACUCAAUUUGGUUUGCACUGAUAUUUAUUCAUGUUCUUAAGACUUUACUGCUCCUCUUGUACGUGAUUCAGUUAUGUUGCUGUGUCAGAUGAACAGCAAUAUAAUUUAUGUGCUUUUUAAAGGAGAAGUGCUUGGUUUUUAAAGCUUGUUUUGUUUCUUAAAAAUAUUUGAAUAAACCAUUUUCAGUACA